AUGUUGCUGCAACAUUCAGAUCAAUCGUUAGCAACAAUGUCAUCGUCAGCGUCUUCAUCAUCAACGCAUCAUCGAAGAGCUGGACGUCGCCAUUAUAUUGCAGCAUGUCGAAUGGAUGCAUUGUCAGAAGACGGAAGUGAUUAUAGUACUCCAUCGGAUGUUGCAACAGAAGAUAAUGCCAUUGCAACAACAACAAUUAAUCAAAGUAAUUAUAAUGCACAGCAACAUUAUCGCCAUCAUCGCCAUCAGAAGCAACAACAGCAACAACAACAAUUUCAAUUGCAUCGUCAAUUGCAGCUGCAAUUACACAAACAACAACAACAACAAAAGCAGCAGCAAAAAAAUCAGCAACAACAAAGCUUAGUGCUGAAUGCUUCCAUCAGCUUUGUCAGGAUUAUAUGGAAUAAGCCCAAAUAUAGCGAUAAAGGCAAUUAG